AUGCCGAAAGUGCUCCUUAAGCUUUUCCAGGUCUCUUUAGUCUGGGAAAGGAGGGAUCAGGAGCAUGCGUUUCUAGUCAUCUUCUCCUCCUGCUUGCUCUCUCCGCUUGGCCAGAGGUAACUGGCAUAAAUAUUGGAGUCCCUUCGUUCUACAUAGAUACAAAAAAGAAUGGAUUCCGACGAAAACGGUGAGAAGAAAGAUGAGAUCCAGGCAGCACUUGGAAAGGGCAGAAGGGAUCACAUCCCUGUUUGCGUCCCAACUGUUGAAAAGGAACUUCUGGAUCAGAGAACCCGCAAGAAAAGAUUUCUGGACUUCUUAAAAGCCCGUCCAUCCAACGAAUGGUUCUCCAAAUUUGGCUCCAUUGGUAGGUCGUCUCCUUUCACCUUUCUGAAGCGAAAGGGAAACCAAAGGGACGGCUCUUCACCACCUGAUCCUGCUCCCGGCGGUAGAUGGCGACACUUCCAUGUUCGGUUCGUCAGGAAGAUCAACUGGGCGGCCUUGCUCAGGUACAGCAAGAACUGGGCAAAGCAUCCCAUGCAUAUGGCUCUUCUUGUCUGGCUCUUCUUCGUCGCUGCGGGAAUCAUCAUGCUCUUCCUCCUCAUGACCGGGCUCCUCAACGGUGCGAUACCGAACAGCUCCCAAAGAAAGAGGUGGACGGAGAUUACUAACCAAAUCCUCAAUGCUCUCUUCACCAUCUUGUGUCUCUAUGAGCACCCAAAAUUGUUCCACCACCUGGUACUCCUAUGCAAAUGGAGAUCGAGCGACACCGUGGAGCUAAGGCAGGUUUACUGCAAGACGGGAGCUCGCCGGCGUUAUGAACGGGCUCAAAUGAUGCUCGUCGUCGUCCUUCUCCACAUCACUUGUUUAUGUCAGUAUGCCAUGUGUGCUCUCUACUGGGUUUACACCAGAAAGACGCGACCAGACUGGGCGGUGAACCUCUUAAUGGGCCUUGGGAUUGCAGCACCAGUCAUCGCCGGUCUCUACGUUGUCUACAGCCCCCUGGGGAGGAAGUAUGAAUCCGAGACAGAUGAAGAGUCGCAGCGCGAAGUAGCCAUGGCUUCUAAACCAGAAGCAAGUGAGCUGAAGCAGUAUUCCAGAAGGGUAGUGGUGACGAGCCCAGAGUGGGUAGGAGGGCUCUUUGAUUGCUGGGAUGAUCUCACUGUGGCCUACCUCUCGUUCUUCUGCACCUUCUGUGUCUUUGGGUGGAACAUGGAAAGGCUCGGCUUCGGCAAUAUGUACGUUCACAUCGUCACAUUUAUGCUGCUCUGCCUUGCUCCUUUCUGGGUGUUCUACGUGUCGGCCCUCAACAUCGAGGACGAUGUGAUCAGAGACAUGAUGAGGAUCACAGGCGGCGUGCUCUGUUUUCUCGGCUUACUCUAUGGAGGCUUUUGGAGGACUCGGAUGAGGAAAAGGUUCAAACUUCCUGGGAAUCCCUUCUGUUGUGGUUACCCAAACGUGACUGAUUUCAUGCGGUGGCUCUUCUGCUGGUCAUGCUCUCUAGCUCAGGAGGUGCGGACGGCGAAUUUCUAUGACAUCGAGGAAGACAGCUUCCAUCGAAAAGAAAUGGAGGAGGAGAGCUGCCCGGGGUUGCAGCCGCUGCCACGAGAAGGUGGACUGGGGCCAUUGGUUGCACCCAGCCACCCAAUUCUGAGCAACUCUAGCCCAGCUAAAGAUGAGAACAGCAAACCAGAUUCUAAUGGAAUAGCAGCAGACUGUACUCCUGAUGAUUCGGCAAUCACCACCAACACAGGGGUUUCAACUUGAAGAUAACCAGAUGCACAAGAGCUGAGAUAGGUCUCUGAGUGGUUGAUGGGUCAGAAAGAAGAGGGGGUGGCCGUCCAUAGGCUUCCUUCAUCAGAUAGGACACUUCGCUUGUGUUAGAGAUUCUUAAUUAAGAGCCUAAAGAGUUUGAUGAUCUUUCUUUGUACUUAUUAUUCAUAAGAAAAUUCUUUUCUUAUCAGUAUAGGAUGGAAACAUAAGCUGAUUUAAUA